AUGCAGCGGGGCGGCCCGGCGGCGCCGGCGCGCGGGAGUGAGGCGCGGGCGGAGGCCGCGGCCGGGGCGCGGGAGGCGGCGGAGCAGGGCGCGGUGGACGCGGGCGCGGCCGGGGAGCCGGAGCCCCAGGCGCGGGGGGAGCCGCCCCCAGCGCCGCCGCCGGCGCAGCCCCGCGCGGCCGAGGAGGGGGACGCCCGCGACCUCCGGCGGCCGCCGCCCGCGCCGUCCCCGUCCCGGUCCCCGUCCCGGUCCCCGUCCCCGUCCCCGUCCCCGCCGAAGCCGCCGUCCUCGCGGGGCCGCUGCUCGCGCGCCAAGCCCGGGAGCAAGGGCCGAAGCUGCCCGCGGGGCUCGGGCCGCCAGCCCCAGGAGCGGGCCUCCCGGCGGCGCGUCACCGUGGACAGCUCCAAGGCCAGGACCUCCCUGGACGCCCUGAAGAUCAGCCUCCGGCAGCUCAAGUGGAAGGAGUUCCCAUUUGGCCGACGUCUGCCUUGUGACAUCUACUGGCAUGGAGUUUCAUUUCAUGACAAUGACAUAUUCUCCGGUCAAGUGAACAAGUUUCCAGGCAUGACGGAGAUGGUGCGUAAAAUUACUCUGAGCAGAGCGGUGAGAAUCAUGCAGAAUCUCUUUCCAGAGGAGUACAACUUCUACCCUCGCUCAUGGAUUCUGCCUGACGAGUUCCAACUCUUUGUUGCUCAGGUUCGAAUGGUGAAAGAUGGCGACCCUUCCUGGAAGCCCACUUUCAUUGUGAAGCCUGAUGGUGGUUGUCAGGGUGAUGGAAUCUACCUCAUUAAAGACCCCAGUGACAUCCGCCUAGGAGGGACCCUGCAGAGCAGGCCGGCGGUAGUCCAGGAGUACAUCUGCAAACCUCUCCUUAUCGACAAGCUCAAGUUCGAUAUCCGUCUGUAUGUCUUACUGAAGUCCUUAGAGCCCUUAGAGAUUUAUAUAGCCAAAGACGGACUCUCUAGAUUUUGUACAGAGCCAUAUCAGGAGCCCAGCUCCAAAAAUCUGCACCACAUCUUUAUGCACUUAACCAACUACUCACUGAACAUCCACAGUGGGAACUUUGUCCACUCAGACAGCACGAGCACAGGCAGCAAAAGGACUUUCUCCAGCAUUCUUUGUAGGUUGUCUUCCAAAGGCGUCGACAUCAAGAAGGUGUGGUCUGAUAUCAUCUCCUUGGUGAUUAAGACUGUCAUCGCCCUGACUCCAGAGCUCAAGGUUUUCUAUCAGUCGGACAUCCCCGCGGGGAGGCCGGGACCUACGUGCUUUCAGAUUUUAGGCUUUGACAUUCUUCUAAUGAAAAAUCUGAAGCCCAUACUACUUGAAGUAAACGCGAAUCCCAGCAUGAGAAUCGAGCAUGAGCAAGAACUUUCUCCAGGCGUCUUUGAAAAUGUACCCAGCCUUGUCGAUGAGGAAGUGAAAGUCGCCGUGAUCAGAGACACUCUGCGCCUCAUGGACCCACUUAAGAAGAAAAGGGAGAACCAGUCUAAGCAGCUUCAGAAGUCUUUGGCUGAAAAGGACAACCCUUCCAACAGCGAGUUGACCAAGGCCUCAGACGGCAAUGCCAACCCCGAAGCCCACUUGCCCUCCAUCUGCCUCAAGCAGGUGUUCCCCAAGUACGCAAAACAGUUCAACUACCUGCGCCUGGUAGACAGGAUGGCAAAUUUGUUCAUCCGGUUCCUGGGGAUCAAGGGCACAAUGAAGCUGGGACCAACAGGCUUCCGGACCUUCAUAAGGAACUGCAAGCUCAGCAGCAGCAGCUUGUCCAUGGCCGCUGUGGACAUCCUGUACAUUGACAUCACGAGGAGGUGGAACUCCAUGACCCUCGACCAGCGGGAUUCAGGGAUGUGCCUGCAGGCCUUCGUGGAGGCUUUCUUCUACCUGGCACAGAAGAAGUUCAAGAUGCUGCCCCUCCACAAGCAGGUGGCCUCGCUGAUCGACCUGUGUGAAUACCACCUGUCCCUGCUGGACGAGAAGCGGCUGGUGUGCCCCCGGAGUGGCACGUUGAGCGGCCGCCUGCCCCCCAGUACCACACCCCAGGAGGCCCAGGGAAACGCCCCACCCUGCACCAACAGCACCCCCAAGCUCUCCCACUCCAGACACCCUGCGUCCUGAGGGCCACUCUGUCCUCUGGGAAGAAGAGGGAGCCCUUAGGGCCGGAGGGAGGCCCCGGGCCCCUACCUGGGGAGAGAGGGCAGGUUGCCGGAAACGCCCCUGGGGAUGCUGCUCAUCCCCGAGGUGUCCUGCUUGGAAAGGCCGGCUGAUCCCGCCCGCCCUCCCCCUGCGCCUGUCGCCUCUGGGUGGCCCUCCUGCUGGCGAGCCAUCAGCGGACGCAUGACAUCCGAAGUGGCAGGAGGCAGCUUCUAUUCCGGACUCACAGAAAGCAAGCACUGGGGUAACACUGUUGCAUUUGGGGCACGUGGCACCCACCAUCCCAGGACUGAGGGCUGCGGGAGCGAGGGACUCAGGAGGACUCUGCUCCAAGCCCGAGUGCAUCAUGUUGAUUUCCUACCGCGCCGCCCGCGAAAAUCACGUCGGCAUCCCCGACUCUCCCGUCCCGAUCAUGUGCUACACGGGUGUAGUUAACAGAUUAGCCUCAUUUGUUUCAUUAGCUUGCCUGUUGCUGCAACGUUUGGUUUGUUAUUAAGAAAUAAUUAAGACGUAACUACCUACGGCUCCCAGCAUCUCCGAGCCGGCAGGCACCUCCCAGAUCCUUUUGUUGGAUUUU